CGCAACACCGCAGCACCGCAGCACCAGCAACCCCAAAACACCACCCUUGCACCCUACAAUCAACAUCAACAAUCAAAAUGCCACACACCUCCCGCAAAAAGAAGCCCACCACCAGCACCAGCACCGGCCCCACCAAACGCACCACAAUCACCGACGCGACCGGCUGGACGCACGUCACGACGACAGGCAACGCCCAUCGCGCGCAUCGCCAACACCGUCCACAAUCCCACCCACACCCACACCCACAGCCAGAACAACAACCACAACAACCAGAACUACUCACCCCGGCCGAAGCCCCCAAAUUCCUCACCCUCCCCUCCCUACUCACGCAAUACCACACCCACCGCACGAAAUGGACCGCCUCCACCACCGCCGCGACGCUGACCGCGACGGUGCGGCGGGAGUUUUGCCUCGAGCAUGAACAACAACACCAACAAGAACAAGAACCAGCCCUACCAGAAACAACCCGAGAAGAACCGCAGACGCAAACAGAACCACACCUGGAACCAGAACAAACACAGAGAACAGAACAAGGAGCGCAAUCCACCACCCCCACCACCCCAAGAAUAACCAAUAUAAUCUGCAUCGGCCUCGGCAGUCCGAGCGGCUUCCUGCGCGGGGGAUGGGUGGAUCGUCGCAGCGUCUCGCUCUACCAACUCAAUGCGUUGAUGAGUGUGGUGGAGUGUUUGACUGCGAAUCCAACAACAUCCACAGUCCAAAUCUACGCCCAAGAUCCCGUCUUCAACGCGCUCGAUCGCCAACUCCUUGCCGCCCUGGGGAUCACCGUCGUGGAGCAUCCGGACGGGUUCGGGAAGGUCAACUCAAAUUCGCUGCUGUUCUGUCCCGGGGCGGAGAAGGCGCAUCUCGAGGUGCUGCUGGCGCGGAAUCCGGCGGGGGUGGUUGGCGGGCCCUUGGAGGAUACGGGCUCCGACGGGAUCGAGCGGUUCGUGGCGCGGACCGGGUCGGUGCGGUUGCCGCGGUUUGAGGAGCUGAAGGAGGCGUUUUGGGAGAUGCGAGUCUAUCAUUAUACCCAGCCGAUCGAGGAAGAAAACCGCGAAGACUGAUGGGUGAGAAAGGAGUAGUGUGGAAAACCAAACCAGGAUUACAUCUGAAGGGCACGACUCAACCAGGGCACGAGGACAGGCAAGUCUCCAGCAAACGCAAGUAUAGAUGAUAUUUGCAAGUAACUGUCGGUGGCUUAAGACCAUCACUAUCAACAAACUAUAUACAGACACCCUCAACAAUCAUCCUAGCUUGGCACGGGAGGUAACAUGAACAG